AAUGAAAGAAUAUAAUCACAAAUGUGUGAUUAUAAAAUGAUAAAAAGAUAUUGUAGUGUAAAGAGGUCAACGAAGAUCUAAGAGAAUAAAAAUGGCCUCUAGUUGUUUUGAUCUUAGUGCAGGAAGUGGGUCCUACUCAAGAGAUGAAUUGGCAUCGCAUUGGAGAGGCCACAGAAGAACAAAAAGUGCCGGUAGCAAUGCUUCCAGGGAUUUGUCUUUGUAUACAUCAAUGGGAUUAUAUACUCAUCAUGGAAUUAUGCCCAAUUCAGAAGCUACAACAACUGAAUUAUGCCGUGCUGUUACAGAAACAACUUUUAGUAAUAAAUAUGAUUUUAUUAGAAUUGAUAGAGGAGAGCGAAUGCAUUAUGAUCACGACCAACCAGAAUAUUCAGAUUUUCGUGAAUGUGGCAUCCUGUCUUUCCGUCCAAGAUGUAUGCAACGGUUUGCUAGUAUUCGAGUUUUUGUUUUCCUUGCUUGCUUGCUAGUUACAUUACAACAAGCUCUUUCUUCAGGUUACUUCAAUAGUGUUAUUACUACAAUAGAAAAAAGGUUUGAUAUCUCUAGUCGAACUUCAGGAGCAAUUGCUAGCACAUUUGAAAUUGGAAAUUUGUUGACCAUUAUUUUUGUUAGUUAUCUUGGAAGUCAUCGACACAUUCCUGUAUGGAUAGGCAAAGGUAUAAUUGUAAUGGGUAUUGGAUCAUUGGUUUUUGCACUACCUUAUUUUCUUGACCAAACUGCAUCUUCAUUGAAUUGGAAAAAGCAAAAUCUCUCUUAUUUUGAUGAGAACACUUGUCAUAUGGCUACUGCUUCUGUACAGUCACUUUCUGCAGGUCAUCCCAGCCACUUUUUGAAUCCACCAGCUGCUGAAACCGAUCCAAAGUUAUGUAUUGAAGGCAGGUCCUCCAAUGUACUGUAUAUAAUGAUAUUUAUGCUAGCUCAAAUAUUGAUUGGUUGUGGAGGCUCACCAAUUUUUACUCUAGGAAUAACAUACAUUGAUGAUCAUGUUAAGAAAGAAAGUUCCUCACUCUAUAUAGGGUGUAUGUAUAGUAUGGUAGCAUUUGGUUUGGUUUGUGGAUUUCUGCUAGGAGGAUAUCUGCUUUCUGUCCAUGAAAAUUCCAUCCUUUUCAAUACAGUACCUCCUGGUAUCUAUCCUGGUCACCCAAGGUGGGUAGGAGCUUGGUGGGCCGGAUUUGUGAUCUAUGGAUUAUUGUUAAUGCUAGUUGCAGUACCAUUCUUUGCUUUCCCAAAAAUUUUAAAGCGAGAAAAACAGAGAUUGUUGAGAAGUGAAAAAAUAGAAUUUCUGAUGAGAAGGUUAAAACCUGGUAUGAGUUCAAGUGUGGAUCGUCAAGGCAGUCAUAGUGGUCAUUAUGAACAUAAUGUUCACAAUGAACCGUCAUCUGUUCAAUAUAGUGAAGAGAUUCAAAAAAAGAAACAAUAUGGCAAAGAUAUUAAAGAUAUUCCUGCUUCCAUGUGGAGGUUGCUGUGCAAUCCCAUAUAUGUUGUGACUUGUCUUGGUUCUUGUAUGGAACUUUCAAUAGUCAGUGGUUUUGUUAUAUUUCUUCCAAAAUAUUUGGAAACACAAUUUAGUAUUGGAAAAUCAGAAGCAAAUAUUUUUACAGGAGGCAUUGCCAUUCCUGGAGCAUGUGUAGGUAUAUUUAUGGGAGGAUACCUCCUGAAGCGAUUUCAGCUGCAACCAAAAGGAGCAAUACAAUUUGUUCUUUUCUUCAAUUUGGUGUGUAUGGGACUGUAUACAUUGUUAUACUUUUUGGGCUGUGACAAUAUCAGAAUGGCAGGAGCCACAUUACCAUAUUUCAACAAUACUGAAUUGGAAACAUUCCAAGUAAAUCUCACAGCUGAUUGUAAUAUGGGUUGUCGAUGCAGCCCCAAUGACAUAGAGCCCGUGUGUGGAAGAAAUGGUAUCACUUAUUUCUCUCCAUGUCAUGCCGGUUGCAAAGCAGAAGGAGGUCACCGUCCAUUUGUUGCAGUACCAUUCUUUGCUUUCCCAAAAAUUUUAAAGCGAGAAAAACAGAGAUUGUUGAGAAGUGAAAAAAUAGAAUUUCUGAUGAGAAGGUUAAAACCUGGUAUGAGUUCAAGUGUGGAUCGUCAAGGCAGUCAUAGUGGUCAUUAUGAACAUAAUGUUCACAAUGAACCGUCAUCUGUUCAAUAUAGUGAAGAGAUUCAAAAAAAGAAACAAUAUGGCAAAGAUAUUAAAGAUAUUCCUGCUUCCAUGUGGAGGUUGCUGUGCAAUCCCAUAUAUGUUGUGACUUGUCUUGGUUCUUGUAUGGAACUUUCAAUAGUCAGUGGUUUUGUUAUAUUUCUUCCAAAAUAUUUGGAAACACAAUUUAGUAUUGGAAAAUCAGAAGCAAAUAUUUUUACAG